CAGUCUCUCGACUGCUUUUCCAUUUUAUUUCCCUGGAUACGGGUUUCUAAAUGAGUAAUUCUUAAUUUCUUAAAUUAUACUUUUUAACAAUUCUUAAAAAUAAUAUAUCUGAUUUAAAAGAAAAUAUCAAAUAUAUUCAGUUGGCGGGAAAAAUUGAAUGAAUCUACCUGAAGUAUCUAAUCUAACGAAGUGUCUACCUGAACGGAUCUUUCAAAACACUGACACUCUUAAUACGGAAUAGUUCUCUCUUAGUUGUGUUGGUUCUUUAGCUUUGUUAUCGUGGGUUUUAUUAGCGUUUAUCAAUUUCCAUCUUUAUUGUUUAGGUUAGUUUUAUUUGUUGUUAGAAUCAAGAUAUGUAAUUCUAAAAUAUUGACAAAAGAAUUUUUUUAAACCAAGACGACUGCUGAAGGAAAAUUAUUUAUCUAUGAUUUUACUGUAAAUAUUUUUACCUUAACCAAAGAGCAAAAACAUGAAGAAUCUGUUGAUAAUAUGUGUUGUUAUUUUUCUACCAACACAAAUUCGAAUGCUUAGUACACUUUUACAGUCAUGUAAAGAUGAAAACAACAACUCAGUUAGUUGGUUUGUGAUCUACAAAAUACCUAAAAUUAAAGGUCAUUCAAAUGAUUUAAUUGGAUCAGGAUUAGCGUAUGCUUAUAUUUUAUCUGGAAGUAACCUAAGUUGGACAUUAUCAGAAAAAUCUAUAAAUGACAGCUCAUCCAUACCUGGUCUCACAUUGGCACCCCUCUAUGGAAAUUCUUCAGAGGAAAAGUCUCAGGAUGUGCUACAUAUUUUAUACAAUGACCAGCCUCCAAUCGGGAACAGAAGUUUCAGCAAAGGACAUACAAAGGGAGUCGUGUAUGCCAGGGACUCAGGAGGAUUUUGGUUGGUGCAUAGUGUGCCUCACUAUCCACCAUUACCGAAUACAACUCAUUAUAGCUACCCAAAAUCAGGAUUGAAGAAUGGACAAAGUUACUUAUGUCUCACACUACCUCCUGAUCAGUUGGAACUUGUAGGUACCCAGCUUAUGUACAAUGAACCUCACAUAUUUGCCAACCUGACAUCAUCAGAUCUUGGUGCCUUAUAUCCAUUGCUGACUAAAGCUGCCCUUGGCUCAGAAGUUACAUCACCGCCGUGGUAUCAUACCCAGUUGCUCACAACUGAGUCCCAAAUUAAUUUUCAGAGUUUUGCUAAAGCAUCAAAAUUCCAAAAAGAUUUAUACAGUGACUGGGUUGUAACAGUUUUGAACGUCAGCUUGCUGGCAGAGACUUGGCCAAAUGGCCCGGGCCGUCUGAAUUCUUCCUGCAAGUAUCCAUUUAGGGUGGAAAAUGUAGACACUAUAGACUUGUCCAUUGUUGGAGACUCCUUCACCUCUCACAAAGACCACUCAAAAUGGGCUAUUUCUGAGACCAAGGAUGAUCCCUGGGUAUGCAUUGGAGACAUUAACAGAGCUGUUUCUCAAGAAUUACGUGGUGGUGGUACUGUAUGUGUAAGAGACAGAAGCUUAUGGGAUGCAUAUUUUAAGUCUAUCAGUAGUGUGGAAAGUUGCCCUAAACGGUUUUAAUAUUCAAA